UCCCGGGACAGAUGAAAUGUCGUCACUGAGCAGCACAAUAUCACAGAGACCAGAUACUUCUCAUCACUAUCCAGUGCCUUCAUAUAAAGAGCAUCAGAAUUUCCACAGCUCUCCGUCGACUGCAGAAACACAAAGAUUGUUGACUAUGGAUUUACAGCUCAAAAUUCCUAACCAGCAGCAGGUUGUCUAUCAAGCCCAACCAGCUCCAAUUAUAAUUCCCAACGUUGUCCAGCCUGCGCCUGCCCCGGCCAAAAAGGUAAUUAUGGGAACACGUCUGACUGAAGUUCCUGCGCCGAUGCAAUGUCCUUUCUGCCAGCAGCAGAUCGUCACAGAGACGACAUUCAUCAAUGGGAAGAAGGUGUGGGUCAUCUGUGGUGUUCUUGGCAUUUGUGGGAUCUGGCCGUGUUGUUUGAUUCCUUUCUGUGUGAAUUCCUGCAAGGACGUAGAGCAUCGCUGUCCAAGCUGCAAAAACCUCAUCCAUGUGCACAAACGCAUGUAGCUGGUCAGAAGCGGAGAAAAUCUGAACGACAAAAAGAAAUACUUUACAGACAGCAUCUUAUGGACAUUAUUGGACUUUCUAAUUCUACCAUGAUGUGGGGUUCUCUUUCCUUCUUUAUGCAUAGAUAUAAAUAUAUGGUUAAACUCUUUUCUUAUUGUAAAAUUCAUAAUGAACUCUGCAGGAUCUUGUAAUGUUAUCAAGCAAAACAUCUUACUACUUGUUGCCAUUUUUGCACAACCUGUGUUUUUACUUCAAUAAUAUAAAUAUAUAAUGCCAAUCCACAGUUUGCCAACAUGGACUGCUGUUGUGCUUACAGUGUGAAGAGUUUUGAAAAAGUGACCAUUGAUAAAUCUCAUAACAUUAACAUUAUUUCUCACAAUGUGUUUAUGCAUGAGUGGAGAAGAGCGCUGUGAUUCAACAGUGUUUAGUUGGAGCCUCAGGGCUUUGUCCUCUUACUGUUUUCUUCAUCACUACAUUUUCCACACAAUAAUCAUGACACAAGCUUGACUUGACCUGAGAGUUUCCUUUGAAUUAUAGAGAGAGUACAAAACCAAUGUGUGGGGGAAAUAUUAUCUAUUUAUAAUUAAUUUUCACUUACAUACAAUUAAAGGGAAUAAAGUAUAAUGCGUAUUUGGCGUGCUGCCCGUGGAGUGGAGAAGGGGUGGUGGAGGGACGCUGCUAAACUGUCAAAGAAAUUAGUUGAGACGGCAGAGUCUAUAUAUACACGUUUUAAUCAUGAUUGCUGAGUUCUCUCCAUCCAUGUUAAUUAUCUGAACGUGCUUCUCCUGAACUUUGUUGAUAAAACAUCAUUUUUGUAAUGCAUGCUGGAAACCAUGGAUUAGAUUAUGUCACCAUUGUUGAGAUUCAUAUGCUGAUUCUUGAUGUCUGUGUGUCUAAAUAUAGUAGCAGUUCAAAAUGUUUUGUGCAAAAUGUGUUAAAAAAACUGAUCACCACAACAGUUCAGGAUAAAGUGCUCUUGCUAUAGUAUCAGUGUUUGUAAUACAAUAUUUGAUUGUGUUUAAUUACCUUUUGAUCAGUAAUAAACCAAGUCAUAAAUUAUAUUUUUUUUAUUGGCGUAAUGAUUAAGCAGUUAAAAAGUUAAGGGUCAAAAGCCGAACUAACUAAAGCAAACACGGAUCACCAUAACGGCGACCAUUGAAGAAACUUCAUUAUUUUCAAUAUAUCAUUAACACCUAACCUCUAUGUUGUAUUAACAACUAUCAACUUUGAGUAAACCAAGCUUGAGAAAUUAUCAAGAAUAAGGUGAUCAUUUCCCUCAGUUUUAUUUUAUUUUUCUU